AUGCCAGUAGAGAAGCUUGAGAAGAUCAAGUCGCAGGUUGAGUUUUACUUUAGUGAUGCAAACUUCCGGGUAGACAAGUUCCUCCGGGAGCAAUCCCUGGUAAACGACGGCUAUAUUCCGAUCAAAACGAUUGUCUCGUUCAACAAGCUUCGGAAUCUUGAAGCAACGGUUGAAGAUGUUAAGAAGGCCCUUGAAGACAGCAAAGUGGUUGAGCUCAAGGACGAUAUGAUAAAGAAGGUUGAGACGGAGGAGUAUCUCUCGUAUGUUAUGGAGAAGGACAUAAACAAGAGGGUAGUGUACAUCGAUGGGUUUGAGAAGGAUGCAACUCUUGAGGACAUCAAAGAAAUAUUAUCGCCACAUAUUAUUCCGGUUCUUAUUAGGAUGAGGAGAGACAAGGGGAAGAACUUCAGCGGAAGCGUGUUUGCAGAGCUGAAAUCUGAGGAAGAGGCCCAAAAGGCCUUGGAGGAGAAGAUUCCAGUUAAGAAGCAAGCGGAGGACGAAGAGAGGUCCAAGAAGCAGAAAAGCGAGGAGAAAUAUCUUUUAAUUAUGGCAAAGGACGAAUAUCUCAAGGAGAAGGAGAAGAUAUCUGGAGAGAAGAAGGAGAUAGAAGCAAGAAAAGCCCUUGAAAAGGAGUUUGUACCCAAGCUAUUUAAAUACGAGUGUAGCGAGGAUCUUGACAUUAAGACUGUGAAAAGUCUAGUCAAGAACACCGCUUUUGUGGAUACAAAGCAGAAGGUGAUAAGGAUGAAGCAUGCAGAGGAUUUCAAGGAAAAGAAGUUUGAGGAGGAAGGAAAAAGCCUGACCCUCGUCAAGAUGGAAGAAGAUGAAGCCCUUGAGUACUGUAAGAGCAUCAAGAUUGCACCCAAGGGAUCGAAACCCGGAAAGAAAUAA